AUGACCCAGGGAGUCACCAACGCACCAAGUACCUUCCAAAGGCUCAUGGAGAAAUGUAUGGGAGAACUGAACUUGAAAGAGGUCCUUGUUUUUAUCGAUGAUCUGAUCGUCUUUGCGCCCACUCUUGAGGAGCACGAAGAACGGCUGAUGAAAGUCUUGAACAGGCUGAAGGAAUACGGACUGAAACUCUCGGUCGAGAAAUGUAUGUUCUUCCAGACCUCUGUAAAGUAUCUCGGCCACGUCGUAUCUCAAGAGGGUGUGCAGACCGACCCCGAUAAAAUAAAAACACUUACCACAUGGCCAGUCCCAACCAACUUGAAGGAAUUGCGAUCCUUCCUUGGGUUUUCCGGGUAUUACCGUCGCUUCAUUGAAGGAUACUCGGCCAUCACAAAACCACUGCAUGAUCUCACCGCUGGUUAUCCUCCGGCCCAGAAGAGCCAUCUGUCCCCGUUGCCAAGUCGCCUGUCUCAUCUACGAUCCCUGCUCCAUUCCAAACCUGCGUCCCUGAAAUCCCUCAUGGACCAGGCAGACGAGUCUGUGGAGGAUAGUGGUGAACCAGUAGAUGACGUGAUGGCUGCAGGCACUGAAGAUGACACCCCAUCCGACUUCGAAGAAAGUGAUGAUGCUGACGACUCACCGAGGAGUGCAGCCGUGCAUACCUGCUCCUCAUCGCCGACGCCGCCGCAGCUGCCACAAACGCUGAGUGAUCGCCACGGCAACCGAGGCCUGGGUGCGGGACGGGAGAUGGAUGGCACGCGGCGCAUUAGAGCAGUGAUCAGUGUCCACCGCUGGGUAAACAGAUGCAUCCAUGGGGAGAGCAGCGAGAUGGCUAACGCAGGCUAG